GGCCAUUUUUGAGACUGUGACCAUUGCACGAGGAUCGCGAAUGAAUCUGUCCGAGUGAGAAGUGUGAAGUGAGAACUGCGUGAGUCUCCGGAAGAAUGUACUACUCAAAUGUACCCUCAUAUCCAUCGGCCUUGACUGGACGGUUUGAUUCACCAUCGGUGCCUCGAAUGUACAACUUUGGUUCGGAUUACUCGACGGCGCCUUCCAAGCGGUUUAGUGAUGCUUUCAACUCCACGAAGUACAACUUCUACGACAGUAGCUACAAAUUUCCGUCCAGGACUCGAGCCUCGAGCGUUGGACCGCCUUCUCUGCGAUAUCGGGACGUGAUCAAUCCAAUCCGUGCCAAGAUCAAUACGGCCUUCUCGGAUGAAAAGCCUUUUGAAAGCAAAGUCUACUAUACUCGAGCCCCGUCCUUGGUGAAGGAGACAACGCGAGAUGAUCUAAUUGAUUCCAUCCUCCACACAAGAACCAGCGAGAACCGUCGGAUGCCAGGAUUUUUCACGGCCACCAACUGGGAGGAGAGAAACUACGCCAAUGUGGACUGUGACAAAGUCCAUCCUGGAAUUUACCUUGCCAACGCUGAAACAGUCAAGAACAUUGAUUAUCUCAAGUCUAUCGGAGCCACUCACGUGUUAAACACAGCUGAAGGUCACGUGAAGGUGAACCCUGGAAUGUAUCCACUCCACAACAUCAACUACUACGGAUUCCACGUUGACGAUCACCCCAAUGCGAAUAUCUCCCGAUUCUUCACCCGAACCAAUAACUUUAUUGAAGAGGCCCUCAAUCGCAAUGGAAUUGUUGUAGUAAACUGUGUUAUGGGCUGGUCUCGGUCUGCCACGGUGGUGGCUGCCUAUCUUGUAGCUAAGAAAGGCAUGACUGCCAACCAGGCCGUGGAGCAAAUCCGCCGAUCUCGGCCCAUUCGUCCUAACCCGGGAUUUUUGAAUCAGUUGUCCGACUUUGACAACAUUUUUAAGAAGAGGCUUGUUUGGUAAACCGAUUUGAAUUUGUUUCGGAUCUUAUUUUUGUGUUUAGAAUGUAAAUCAAAAAAACAUGUUUGUUAAGUGGGGACACUUGCGUUCCUCUUGAGGCCCGAAUUUGAUCAUGAGAGUAUGAACGGUUUAUUUCUGAAAGAGCAAGUAUACAUGUAAGGAUGAAUGUGUGAUUGUAUGUAAUACCAUAUUUCAUUAUUUCCAUUUGAAAUACAUUUUUGACAAAACUAA